UCUCCCUUCCCUUCUUUUCCCUCUCCUCCCCACUCCCUCCCUCCCUCUCUCCGCAGCCCGGGACAGCGCGCACGGUGAGUGAGACACCCCACCUCUCCCCCACGCUGCCUCCCAGCCUGGCCCGGCAGGGAUGGACUGACGGACGGACUGAGCAGAGAGAGCCACAGGACGGAGAACGGGACCAAGCGGACUGAGGAGAAAAGCAGAGUUUGGGGAAAUUGCUUCAGCCCCAGACCAGAACCUGCAAUUUCUUCUGGAGGAACGAGGUGAAGUGCAAUUGGUCGGGUGCCUACACUGGGGAGGAAGAUGAUGGCACUGCCCAGAAGAACCCCUUGGCACCACUCCUUCUCUGUAGCAACCAUCACUUGGGCUCUGCUUCUUUGUAGUGGCUCCCAAGCCCAGAAGGACUGCACAGGGGUCGAUUGCAAGCCGCUGGAGAACUGCAUUGAGGAGGUGCUGGAGCCAGGAGAGUGCUGUGCCUCAUGCUUGCAACAUGGUUGCACAUGUGAGGGAUAUCAGUACUAUGACUGCGUCAACGUGGGCUUCAUGAAUGGCAAGGUGCCCGAGGGCCAGUCCUACUUUGUGGACUUUGGGAGCACUGAGUGCUCGUGCCCCAAGGGUGGGGGCAAGAUCAGCUGCCAGUUCAUGCUGUGCCCAGAACUCCCCCCAAACUGCAUCGAUGCGGUCAUGCCCACCGACAGCUGUCCGCAGUGUGGGAGAAUCGGCUGCCUGCACCAGGGGCAGAAGUAUGUGGCCGGGCAUACAGUGAGCAUGCCUGAUUGCCAGGUUUGCCACUGUCCCAACUCUGGAGGGAAGCUCAUUUGCUACCAGGUCCCAAACUGCGAUGCCUCUGCUCUCCACCCUUCUGGCAACUUUUCGGAGCAUGGGGAGAGUGACCCUGAGAGGCACUAUGAUGACCCUUACAGCUAUGACCAGGAGGCUGCUGAAGGUGACCAUCCUCAGGUGGAACCACCCAGAAAGUCCAGGACCCAUCAUGCCGCCCAGUUCACCCCAGACCACAACAGCCUAGAGCUACAGGAGCAGCAAAACGAGGACUACGACUAUAUCAUCAGUAGCGUAACUACUCCUGCUUUGACCCAGCCUAUCUCCGUCACCGAGCAGCCUCCCGCUGUGCUCAGAACCAAAGCCCCCAGCCAGUCUAAAGCUAGACGCGUACCCAUGGAGGAGGAACAGGUGAAAGAGGAGAAAGAGGAGGAAGAAGAAGAGGAGGAAAACGAGGAGGAGGACAGGGAGCAAGUUAUCCCCACAGGGUUCCCCGGAGAGCAGGAAGUGGCCCAGAAAGUCUCAUUCACUGCGGAGGCCCAGAGUAAGGCCAGAGAAGCGGUGGGAGCCGGAACCCCAAGCAACUUGGUGGAACCUGCUGUGCAACCACAGGAGAGACAAGGGGACCUAGAAACAGCUGAGCCUAAAAUGAACACUAUUCCCAAUCCAAAGCCAAGCCUGAAGGAGGUGGGGGAAGGAGAAGGACGCAUUCUUGUGGGCUUAAAAGAAGUCAUCACCACAGAGCCAAACAUGCUGCUGCCUGUCCAGGAGAACAGUGCUUUCUUUAAGGUCAAGUUUGGUCCAACUACAUCCCCUCCCACUGCUCUCCAAGAGAGCCAGACCCCAAAGCCUCCCAAGCAGCCGCAGGUGCUUUUCCAUUACCACACAGAGGGAGAGGGAGAUCCCAACUCAAUUCAUUCUGUUUCCAGAGUCCAGGAAGGUUCCACCAAGGACCUGAUUGAGACAUGCUGUGCAGCCGGGCAGCAGUGGGCAAUCGACAACGAUGAAUGCACAAAGCUUCCCGUGAGAGGCACUGACAGCAAAGUGUGCAGAGUGGCUCAGAAGCAGUGUUGUGUCUCUUAUUUAAAGGAAAAAAGCUGUGUUGCUGGUAUGAUUGGUGCCAAGGAAGGUGACCUCUGUGGACCUGAGGAGAAUGACACCUGUGGAGUGUCUCUGUACAAGCAAUGCUGUGACUGUUGUGCCCUGGGACUAAAAGUCAAGAGUGAGGGCCAGAUCUGUGAGUCCAAUCCAAAUCUUGGCUAUCCAUGCAACCACGUGAUGCUCUCCUGUUGUGAGGGUGAGGAUCAUCUCUUUGUUCCAGAAAUCAAACGGCACUCUGAGCCCCUGCCCACUGUGACUCCACAGAAAGUUUCAGAUACAGAUGAUCACAACGAAGCCUUAUCCAUCAGCAAUGAAGCAGAGCUGUCAAACAACUUACCUGGCGACGAUCUCGAUGAGUGCAUGGCCUACCCCGGAGAGCUGUGUCAGCACCUGUGCAUCAACACUGUGGGAUCCUACAAGUGUGCCUGUUUCCCCAGCUUCACCCUGCAGGAAGAUGGGCUUAGCUGCAACCCAGACAGAGAAGAAAAGAAACAGGCUACUUUGGGAGAAGGCACUCUCCAUUCUGAAGCCUCCCACAACCAGCCUGCCAUCACUGAUAGGAUACAAGCAGUUCCUGACAUAUGCAAAGACAACGGGCCCUGCAAACAAGUCUGCAACGUUAUUGAAAAUAAAGCCAUGUGCUCUUGCUUUCCUGGAUAUGCUAUCAUGGGUGAUGGGGUUUCCUGUGAAGACGUGAACGAGUGCCACACAAGUUCUCACGGUUGUACCCGAAGACAGUUCUGUGUGAACACAUUGGGAUCAUUCUAUUGUGUCAACCACACAGUGAUCUGUGCCGAGGGCUUUAUCCUCAACAUGAAUAGGAAGUGCGUUGAUAUUAACGAGUGUGUGACAGACACACACACCUGCACCAGGGGGGAGCACUGUGUGAAUACAAUUGGAUCUUUCCACUGUUACAAAGACCUCAACUGUGAAUCUGGCUAUGAGCUAAAGGAAGGCGAGUGUGUAGAUAUUGAUGAAUGCACAAGUGGAACGCAUAGUUGCAAAGUCAACUUUGUGUGUCAGAAUACAAAAGGUUCAUUCUACUGUGAAUCUAAGCAGCGGUGUAUGGAUGGAUUUUUACAAGACCCUGAGGGCAAUUGUGUUGAUAUUAACGAGUGCACCUCCCUGCCAGAGCCAUGUAAGCCAGGAUUCAACUGCAUCAACACAGUAGGAUCUUACACGUGUCAGAAAAAUCAGCUGCUGUGUACCAGAGGUUAUCAUUCUAGUGAGGAUGGAACCAAAUGUGUUGAUGUAGAUGAAUGUGAGACCGGUGUCCACCGCUGUGGAGAGGGGCAGAGUUGCCACAACCUCCCUGGGACAUACCGCUGCGACUGCAAGAUUGGCUACCAGUAUGACGCAUUUAACAGGGCGUGUAUCGACAUGAAUGAAUGUUGGAAUUACCCAGGACGCCUGUGCCAACACACCUGUGAGAACACCCCUGGGUCUUAUCGCUGCUCCUGCUCCAAUGGUUUCCGGUUGGUCUUUGAUGAGAAACACUGCGAAGAUGUGAAUGAAUGUGAGAAUAAUCCCUGCAGUCAGGAAUGUGCCAACAUCUAUGGUUCCUACCAGUGCUACUGCAGACAAGGUUACCAGCUGGCAGAGGAUGGACAUGCUUGUAAAGAUAUCGAUGAGUGUGCCCAGAGCUCUGGCAUGCUCUGUACUUUCCGCUGUGUGAACGUGCCCGGCAGUUACCAGUGUGCCUGUCCUGAACAGGGCUACACCAUGAUGGCCAAUGGAAGAACCUGCAGGGAUCUCGAUGAGUGCACCCUGGGUACACACAACUGCUCCACAGCUGAGACCUGUCAUAAUAUCCAAGGCAGCUUCCGAUGCCUAUUAUUUGAAUGUCCUCAGAACUACAAAAAAGUCUCUGACAUGAGGUGUGAAAGGAGCAGUUGCUACAACUAUCUGGAUUGCCAGAACACCCCGGUGCGGAUUACAUAUUAUCAGCUCAACUUUCAGACCAACAUUGUUGUCCCAGCUCACAUUUUUCGCAUAGGUCCAUCUCCUGCUUAUGCAGGUGAUAACAUCAUCCUGACCAUCACCAAAGGAAAUGAGGAAAGUUACUUCAGUACCCGAAAGCUCAACUCCUACACCGGUGUGGUCUAUCUCCAACGGCCUGUCAAGGAGCCCAAAGACUUUUUAUUAGAUGUUGAAAUGAAACUCUGGCGUCAAGGGAGCUACACCACUUUCCUGGCCAAAAUUUACAUCUUCAUCACAGCCCAUGCUUUCUGAGGCACGUGGGGACAUUGGGGUUGGCUGUUCUGUGCUCUUUAUUCAUCCCCACCCCCUCCAAAGCUUAUUACUGUAGAAGUGAUAUUUACUGUAUUCAGCAUCUCUAUUAUUUUUCUUUCAUUGCUUCAAUCAUUAUUUUCUUUUAAAUUAACUUAAUUUUUACCGACUCAUUUCUUCUUUAAUUUUCUUUUUUGGACCUCACGUGAGUGAAGAGUUACAAUGGUGCUGGUGUUGAAAGAGAAAUAGGCAGAUUUGUAGCCAAAGUUCUAAGUCUUUAAAAAUCAGUUGUCUUCAAAAACCAUUCUGAUUUGAGAGUGAGAGUGUACCCAAGCCAUGAAAAUAAGCACUGGUUCAUAUAUGCCCAGUACCCAAGAGAAAUCACACAGUAUUGUGUGGGUUUUCUGAGAAAUUCUCUGACUGGGGAGAGCUCUAAAUGUGCUGGCCUGCGAUUAGAUUAUAGCAGGGAAAUUCUGGUGUUCUUUGAGCUUUGGCAGAUGGGAGGGUGGGAGUGCAGGAGAAGAAUGUGAAAUAGCAGAGCAGUGGGAAAUAUGAUUCAAGUCAGUGUUAAUUUGCAGCUCAAUAGAAUUUUGGAAGCCAAAUGAUUUUUGAAACUGAUUUUUCAGGUGGGUACAUACACAUGCACCUCCCCCCCUGCAGGAUCUUGCCCUUUAAAGUCAGGCAGUCAGUUUUGAAAGGAAUUAGGUUUGGGAGGAUGAUAAAUUAAAAGAAAAACUCUGAACAAUUCCUCAUUGUACCAAAAUGAGGAAUUUUGUUUGCCCAUUGAUCUGGUGCGUCGAUACUCUUCCCGUACUUCAAGAUUGGCACCGCAGUGGCUCACCUCACGUGAAAGCUUGAUUCUGUUUCUCUUUUUCUACUGUGAUAUAGCCCAACAAGAGGAAAAUCAGAGGAGUGUGUUUCACUUCCCGUUAGAAAUGGACAGUGGGGUGUUUUUGUAGCAGUUGGCCCUGGUGUGGCUAAGCUUCUCAUUCCACAGAUGCAUUCUAUCCAGGUAUUUCCUGCCACAAAUGGAUGUAUUAUAAUACUUAAACAUAUACCAAAGAUGGAACCAUUAUAUUGACCACUGUGUAUAUAUAUAUAUAUAUAUACAGCUGUCCUUCAUAUUUGAAUAUGUCACUACUGACAGUAAAAUUUCAUCCAUAUGUCGAGGUGUGGCUGGAACAACCAAGAGUAGCUUACACACUGUGUACAUGUAACAUUCAUUCUUUGCUACUUCAUUGUUAUUUGCAGGCCCCAAAGUUGUAUUCAAUUUUGCCUCUUGCUUUCAUGAUCUUCCUGAGGCCUUUGCUCCGCAAGAGCUAGCCCUUCCCUGAUUAUCGCUCUCCAGGCUCUUCCACCUCUGCUUUUGCUUCCCAGUGGUGCCCCUUAUCCCACUGUGCCUGAGGGGAUGGUUCCCUGAAAGUUUAAAACAUCUGUUUCUGUUCCUCUUACAGUCCCUCCACUUCACCAUAGAACAGCUGCUUGGGUGUCCUGCACCAUUCUCUUCACAUAUCCCACCACGAGAAGCUAUGCUAUGCUUCCAUGUUGGUGGACUAAGUGCAUUCCAGGAUUUCUUUGUCAAACUGCUUUACCAUUUGAUGUUAAGAAUGGCCUGCAAAUGCUUCUGCCAAAUUUACAAAUACAGCAUGCAGAUAGACUAAGCGAAUGAGACUUCGCAUUGUAAUAUCCUUAUUAUUCUUUUGUAUGAAAUGAUCAAAAGGGAGUGUCUUCUUUUUUGAGGAAAAUGAUCUGAGGAAUGCAAUCUUAAUGGCUCAGGGGAAUACAUUAAAUAGGCAGUUUGUCUGAUGUCAUUUUCUAGUAGCACAACCUACAUUUCAAGCUGGAUUUUCUCAUGUUCCAUAAGAAACUGGAAGUGGUCCAGAGCUGAGAGUCAGAUGUGGUUGAUGUGGUGAUAUGACAUGAUAGGUAGGAUGCAACAACAAGUAGGAGAACUUCUCAGUGCUUUAUUUCCCCUUUUGGAAGCUGCUCCAGGACCACACAUUUUCACUAAGCAUUGUGUAUGGCAACUAGGCCUUUUCUGCCAGAGAUUCCUCAUUUGUCAUAAUCUUUCCCUGAUUAAUUCUGAAUUGCCAAUAGAGCAAUCCAUGCUACAUCCUGUAAUCAGCUCCAUUCUCUCCAAUACGCAUUGCAGUGUAAAAAUAAGUAAUAGACAAGCUAAGCCGUGGCAUUUGGGGCCUAGAGGUUGCCGGCUCGAAAAAUGUGGGUUUGUUGUGUUUGCAUGAUGUGCUCACCAUCAAAGAGUUCUGCCCUCAGAGGGAAUGAAACUUGUCUUUCAGACACCAUUUCCAGGCUUGGUGAUAAGCCAGUGUAUUCAUAUUUAGAAAUGAGAGCGAGUGGGUGGUUUUAGCACUAUUCAUUAUAAAUGCCUGACCUACUGUCCCCUAAAGUCAUAUUCGAAAAUGGGACCUCAGCUCUGCCAUUUCAACAAAUUAGCAACCAGCUAAAAAAUACAAAUGUACACUCAAUUUUCCAUAAACCUGUCUUUUAACUGUGGGAUUUGAAUCAAACAUUGUUAGAGCAUUGAGGAACAUCCUUCUGGUGGCAUGCAUCUAUCUGGAAAGAACAUGACAUGAUGCUGGAAGAAAAGGUUGUACACAUGUGCACAGUGUCAGUUAGGACUUGUGUGCUUUGGCAUGAGUUUUCUUGAUGACUGGAACUCCUCCAUUGUAAGAGAACUGAGGGUAUAUAUCUAUAGCCCUACGAUUAGCAAGAUUGUUCAAGAAGUAAAACAGUCACAAGUCUUCCCUUCCCCCAUCUGCCCUCCCACCCCCACCCACUGCUUUCAUCCCUGUCCCAUGAUAGGCACAUUCAACAGAGACCUCAGUUUAGGCCCAUCAGAAAUCACUGAAAUCCAAAAGAUCUCCAUCAGCAUUAGGAUUUGAUUGCGAGUAAAUGCCAUUCCAGCUCCAGCACCCGGUGCUGUCAGAGAAUUAAUAGACAAGUGAUUUGCUGCCGGAAGGCCUUCAGCAGGCUAAAAGAGACCACAGUCAAUCAUUCUGUUAGUCUCCAGCAGUUCACAAAACGGAUUGAUUUUUCCUGCAAAGCAGGGAAGAAACUUCGGGAAAAGGGCUAGCAAGAAGGAGCUAUUUUGAUACUUGAUCAUCAGACCCUAUGCCUUCAAUCUUGGUCUGAGCAUCUGUCUAUUUGGUCCCUGGGGGAAGGGAGAGAUGUCACUGAGAGGGGCUUGUCAACCUGUGAUGCUCAGCAAAAUAUCACUUCCCAAAUUCUGAUCAGUGACUUUCAUCUUUUCUCCCCUCUUCAUCAUCACCGUCCCUUCUGGGCUUCCUAAACUGGGUUGAUGGGAUGAAGAUGAGUCACUUGGUGGUUCAGCAUGAAUUUCUUUCCCCCUCUUUUCUCCUUCCCCUUGCUGACAUUGCUAAUCUAAAUACCAUGUUUGCAACCACAUCUGACUUCCUUGGGCCAGGCCAGAUAUUAAUAGCUUUUUGUGAGCAUCUGAAAACAAAAUGCCUGUUACCAAUUCCAUUUUGUGUAAACUGUUUCUAAAUAAAUUACACCACUAUGGAAAUA